UGUCUGUUGCAGCCCCUCUUCUUGCCCUGUUCACUGAUAGUGUCUGCAGUGCGGAUCACACACACAACAUCCUCGCCAGCCUUGCUGUGCACUUCCCACCAUGCUGCUCCGGCUCAUUCUGCUAUUCUACACGCUGCAAGUUGCAGAUGCAGGACUGUUCCAAUACCCGCCCUUAGUCAGAGCCGAGGUCGGGAGCAGCGUAAACUUGACCUGCGAUAUCGAGGACAUGAUUGGAAAGUGUUUCACUGUCAUCUGGUUCAAACUGCGGUCCAACAGCAUCCCGACCCUGGAAACUUAUCAAAGUGUCAGAGCCGGUGGCAGCUUCGCAGGCGACGAAAUCGAGAAAACCUGUUCCCUGAACCUAAACAACGCGCAGGUGAAGGAUUCCGGGACUUACUAUUGCGGUUUUAUUAGGAGCUCAGCUAUAUACAUGGGCAAUGGAUCCACGUUAGUAAUACGAGAACGCUCCGAUGACCCCGCUUAUAUUGAAAUCCUCACCCCUUCAGAGUCAGACGGCGAAGUCCAGUCCAGCGGCGCCGCUACUUUAGUGUGUCUGGUGUUCGGGGUAUCCGAGCAGGCUCGUGUCUACUGGCUCAUCGAACACGAACUGACCGACUCCGGAUCCGGAGAUUCCAGCGAGUCCACUCCGGACUUUAUCAGGAAUCAGAUCACCAUUCCGGGCGAGGUCUGGAGCAGCGGGGCCGUGUGCACGUGUGUAGUGGAAACAGAGAGCGGGCGCGAUCUGAGCAAAAGCGUGAGCAAGACCGCUUGUGUUUCAGAUGCAGAUUGCUUUCCUUAUUCGGUCUGGCGGUAUGUCUUCAUUCUCGGAGUUCUCGUUGCGAUGUGGAUUCACUUUGCUGUAGUUCUCUGGAACAAUAACGAGCAAAGAGGUCGUUUUCAAGAGGAAAGAUGAAGCAAUGGAAAAUCAUUUAACUGAACAAGUCCUUUUCUGUAUUUGAAUACAGUCUUGCUUCUGUCAUUAUAUUGAACUUCACUUCCAUUCUCAAAGUAUUACAAGAGUGCAUUAAAGGCAUUGAAGGUGCACCAGAUCAUACAUUCAAUUGAGAUCUAGACACAAGUGCUUAAUGUUUUGGAUAUGAGCCAUAGACUUCAUUAUCUUCACAGUAAAGUAUAAAGUAUAGUUGUUCUAUAAGCUUGCUUUUAAAUAGCAGACUGAUAAAUUGUCAAUGGACAUAUAUAUAUAUAUAUAUAUAUAUAUGUGUGUGUGUGUGUGUGUGUGUGUGUGUGUGUGUGUGUGUGUGUGUGUGUGUGUGUGUGUGUGUGCGCCUAUAUAUAUGCAACACAUACAGACACCAUGAAGGGCCUUAUUGCAUCUAUAAUCCAGGUCAAACAGUGGAUUUGUAAAAAAUAAAAAAAAGCAGAAAUCAUGUUUUGGGAAAAAAAAACUAUUUGUUUUUUUUUAUUAAAUAUCCUUAUGCCAAUAAAGGAACCGACAAAGUUGUCCCAUUUAUAACUUUGAACUACGCACUAAGAUGAGUAAAUUAAUUUAAUUGAAACAUGCAAAAGUAAGUAAAUCUUUAUUUUUGAUAUGUGUUGAAUUGUACAUUGCCAUUGAAAAGAUCCACCAGGAGGCGAAGUUGAGACAGCACUGGCAAGACGCUGUUUGAACAGAACGGAGCAACAGGAGGAAUACAAAUAAAUCCAAUGCUGGUU